CAGUUUGACUUUUCGCGUUUAACAAUUUGAUAAUCCAAUUUCUCGAGCUUCACAUGAUCUUUAUUAGUCAACAAUCCUGCUGAGCGCAGCUCGGUUGCGCGCUUUACGCAGAAGGCGCAGACACGUUCGGAGCGGGAGGUGUUGCUCUGCUGCAGCAGCGGACCUUUCUCACUUUCACACGCACUGAUCUGCUCUCAUGAAACAGUGAGUAGACCCCCCCAGGAAGGAAAGCCAUGUCUUCUGCUGGGGCAACCAUCCCGGUCCGCUCCCGGACGCACAAGAGGAAAACCAAGAAGAAACACUUUGUGCACCAGAAGGUUGAGGUGUUCCGAGCCAGCGAGCCGGUGGUCAGCGUCCUCAUCUGGGGGGUCAAUCACUCGAUCAACGACCUGUGUCAGCUGCCGGUGCCUGUAAUGCUGCUGCCCGACGACUUCCGAGCCAGCACCAAGAUCAAAGUCAACAACCAUCUCUUCAACAAGGAGAAUCUUCCUGGACAGUUUAAGUUUAAAGAAUAUUGUCCACAAGUCUUCAGGAACCUGAGAGAACGCUUUGGCAUAGAAGACCAGGAUUACCGGGUGUCUCUGGCUCAGAGUCCACCACUCAGAGCUGAGGAGGGUCACUGUGUGGGACUGCUGCUGACCUCGUAUGACCACACUCUGGUGCUGAAAGAAAUCUCCAGCGAGGAAGUGGAAGAAAUGCACAACAUACUGUCUGAGUAUCACCAGCACAUUGUCACCUGUCACGGCAGAACGCUGCUGCCUCAGUUCCUGGCCAUGUACAGAGUCACAGUGGAGAGCGAGGACACCUACCUGCUGGUGAUGAGGAACAUGUUCAGUCACAGACUGGGCGUCCACCGGAAGUACGAUCUGAAGGGUUCUCUGGUUUCCCGCGAAGCGAGCUGUAAGGAGAAGGUGAAGGAACUUCCAACCUUCAAGGAUGUAGACUUCAAGAAUAACAUGCAGAAAGUCCACGUGAGCGACGAGGAGAAAGAGAGAUUCAUGGAUCAUCUCAGCAGAGACCUCGAGUUUUUAGUUCGCAUGCGGAUAAUGGAUUACAGUCUGCUGCUGGGCAUCCACGAUGUGGAUCGAGCUGAGAGGGAGGAGGAAGAGGAGGAGGUUGAGUCAUCUUGUGAUGAAGAAGAGGAGGAUGAAGGCAGCCCGCCUCUUGGCUCUACUUCACCAGAGGGCAUAGCUGGCUACAUGAACUCUUUCAAACCCAUGGGUCCGGGGGAGUUCGACCCGUACGUGGACAUGUACGCUGUUCAGAGUGCUGUAGGGGCGCCGCGGAGAGAAGUGUAUUUCAUGGGUCUGAUCGAUGUGCUGACGCAAUACGACGCCAAGAAGAAAGCGGCUCACGCUGCCAAAGCUGUCAAACAUGGGACGGGAGCAGAGAUCUCCACGGUGCACCCGGAGCAGUACGCCAAACGCUUCAAGGAGUUCAUCGCCAGCAUAUUUGCUUAGAUGCUGGCCAAUAGCAAGGUGUAGCCAAAGAACCAGACUCGCAAUGGCCAUGAAUCGAAUUCAAAAGACAUGUUGGUGUCGCCCAUUUAACACAAGACAGCAAUGACUUGUGUUCAAGAUUCAUGAAUGUUGCUUUGGUACUGUGGGAAAUACACAGGUAGCAGCAGACAAACUCUUCUCCUUCCGCACAUAAUUUCCAUAUUAGGGUGACUUGAGUUGAACUGAACGUUUCUUGGUGCUCCAUUCUAUCAUUCUAGAUCAAAUAUUAUGACCGUUUUUCACUAUUUAUGUGAGGACCUGUCAUUACCAUAACCCUUUCCCCAGCCUCUCACCCUUAACUUAACCACCCAAAACACAUGGCUAACUGAACUAGACUGAAACCCAAUUAUAAUGAACUACUUUUACUGAUGUUUUAACCCUCCAAACCUUGUGAGGACAGGCCAAAGGUCCUCACAAGAAGGUGGCUUGUAAAGACUUGGCAUAACACGCCCACACACAAACACCCACACACGUUUGUCACGCUAUCUUUGUAACUCUUUCCCAUCCAAACAAAUGGCUGACCUUAACCAGGACCAAAACUUAAAUCCAACUAUUUAGAUGUUUUAACCCACAAAAUCAGUUUGAGUUUUGAGUUUUGAAACAAACAAAAAUAACAUGCUUUUCUUGUUUUUGUGGAUAAUAAUAUUCUUGUUUUUCCAUCAGGAUCUUUACUGGUGAUGUUUUGUCAUCAUUUAUAUGAAUCAAGCAUUUUGAACUAUGCACUGUCUUAUCAUUAGGCUUAGCUGGUCAAACUCUUAAUAAUUCAGACAUGGACUUUUAUCUGGAAACUGUUUUCAAUGCUAAAUCAACUACAACUACAUGAACUGAAACCGUUUUUUUCAUCAAAUAUUUUGAUUCUCUUUUUUUAAGCCCCAAAGUAUAUACCAUCAAAGUUGCAUCUUUUUAAAAACUGUAGUAUUUCAACUCUUUGAAAUGUAUAUUUUCCUUCAUGAAAUGAAUUUCAUGAAGGAAAAUCUAGCUUGGUCCUGUAAGAGCUUACGAUUUGAAAGAGUUCACCUGCAUUGGGAUAAAACCAGAAGCAUGAUCUUCAGAUGUUGAAGUGAUUCAAAUGGAAUAAAAGCGUA